GGUUUGCAUAACUUUAGCACUGUGUUGGAAGUUUCUCCACUUCGGCUGAACCUCAGGAUCAAGCAUGUCGGUCCUUUCUCAGAUGGAAAAUGUUAUUCCAAUGUGGCACCCACAGUCUGUUCCAUGGAUGAGGGAGGAGAUCUAAUAAGUCAGAUUGGUUGCCUUGAAGACCUGGACCCGGAGUUACACUCUGACUUGAGUUCUCUGCGGGAAUGGGUCCCGCUCUCAGGGCCUCACAACCGGCUGCUUUUAGAUGUGUCAAGGACGCAGGCUGGAAGAUGAGCAUGCCUUCAGGGUGCCGGAAUUUCGUGGCUCUGGAGGUGGGCUGAUUCGAGGCCAGUGCUCCUGACAGAGGCUUUAUGGGAGAACAUAGAACAUUGGGAGCCAUGUGUUUGAAGACUUAUGCCUUUCCGGGGCCGAUUCUCUGGGCACAGAACAUGGAAAAAGUGACACCACUACCUUUUAACAUCAUAAAUCAUUACAUUUCCAGUGUGAUGGAUAUUCUCUUGCCAGAACCCAAGAUGCUUAUUGCUAACCUCAGCUUUCAUGCAUGUCCUUUGCAAAGGGUCAGCACUCUGCAGUCUCCAAGAGGAUUCCAGGAGGCAGAAGUGGUGUGAAUGAACCUUGUGGCAAGAAGGCCUUGGGGGACGCAAGCUGAAGUUCGACUCCAUUUUGCCGACUAAAGCGAUGAGGGAGAUUAAAAUAUUCAAAUGAAUGUGGAAGGUGAGCACCAGCCUUUUGAUCACUGUUUGGAUCGCUGGUGGAAUCGCUCUGCUACCGGAGAGGGGAGACUGCCUUUUGAUCACUGGUGGAAUCGCUCUGCUACCGGAGAGGGGAGACUGCCUUUUGAUCACUGGUGGGAUCGCUCUGCUACCGGAGAGGGGAGACUGCCUUUUGAUCACUGGUGGGAUCGCUGUGCUAUGGAGAGGGGAGACUGCCUUUUGAUCUCUGGUGGGAUCACUCUGCUACCGGAGAGGGGAGACUGCCUUUUGAUCACUGGUGGGAUCACUCUGCUGCUGGAGAGGGGAGACUGCUUUUUGAUCGCUGGUGGGAUCGCUCUGCUGCUGGAGAGGGGAGACUGCUUUUUGAUCGCUGGUGGGAUCGCUCUGCUGCUAGAGAGGGGAGACUGCCUUUUGAUCACUGGUGGGAUCGCUCUGCUGCUGGAGAGGGGAGACUGCCUUUUGAUCACUGGUGGGAUCUCUCUGCUGCUGGAGAGGGGAGACUGCCUUUUGAUCACUGGUGGGAUCUCUCUGCUGCUGGAGAGGGGAGACUGCCUUUUGAUCACUGGUGGGAUCUCUCUGCUGCUGGAGAGGGGAGACUGCCUUUUGAUCACUGGUGGGAUCGCUCUGCUGCUGGAGAGGGGAGACUGCCUUUUGAUCACUGGUGGGAUCUCUCUGCUGCUGGAGAGGGGAGACUGCCUUUUGAUCACUGGUGGGAUCUCUCUGCUGCUGGAGAGGGGAGACUGCCUUUUGAUCACUGGUGGGAUCGCUCUGCUGCUGGAGAGGGGAGACUGCCUUUUGAUCACUGGUGGGAUCGCUCUGCUGCUGGAGAGGGGAGACUGCCUUUUGAUCACUGGUGGGAUCGCUCUGCUGCUGGAGAGGGGAGACUGCCUUUUGAUCACUGGUGGGAUCGCUCUGCUGCUGGAGAGGGGAGACUGCCUUUUGAUCACUGGUGGGAUCGCUCUGCUACUGGAGAGGGGAGACUGCCUUUUGAUCACUGGUGGGAUCACUCUGCUGCCACAGAGGGGAGACUGCCUUUUGAUCACUGGUGGGAUCGCUCUGCUGUUGGAGAGGGGAGACUGCCUUUUGAUCACUGGUGGGAUCGCUCUGCUGCUGGAGAGGGGAGACUGCCUUUUGAUCACUGGUGGGAUCGCUCUGCUGCUGGAGAGGGGAGACUGCCUUUUGAUCACUGGUGGGAUUGCUCUGCUGCUGGAGAGAGGAGAGGCUGCCACUGUGCCUAGAGAAUAUUAGCCAGGUUUUCUGCAUCUGGACUUGGAAUAUGGACUUUUUCUGUGAUAUGGACUUGGAAUAUGGACUAUUUUUCAGUCAUAGUUUUUUAUAUUCUGUAUUUUUCACAGACCUUUCUUAUAUUUUCUGAGCAGGGGAGGAGGAUUUGGGGGUUGACCUGCCUGUUCCACUUUUGUUCUUUUUUUGUGCAGGGAGGGGGAAUUAGGGGGCUGAUGAUUGUGCUAACAUUCUUUUCUUUCUUGGUUUCCUGACUACCUGGAGAAGAAGAAUUUCAGAGUUGUAUACUUUGAUUAUAAAUGAAGCUUUGAACCUUUGAACUUAAUGACCCCACCACUAAUUUGCAGAAUAGUAGAAAUUUUAACAAAUCGUUGUUGUAUUGAUAUUUUCUUCUGGCUCCCCCACUUGCAGCCACGAUCAGUGUCAUAUACAAUCAUUUUCUAAAUCUUCAGCAGCAACAAGAAGCACUGUGAUCAUCAGAAAUCUACUAGCAUUUGAUGUAUUUAUAACGCGUGCUGGCAGUAAAUGUGGUUUACUAUCACCAGCAUUCAAAGUUCCCUUGUAGCACUGUGGUGGAUGAUUUACAGCAAUAAUGCAAAGAUCUCUGAAGAUAUCUCCACUGUGCAUCUAGAUUUCUGUUCUGCUUUUUAUCAGGAUUGCUUGCAAGGCCAAAAGUUGUCCCCAACCCUAAUUUCUCUUGAGAGGUGGUAAUGAGCAACCCCCUAAGCAGCUGGCGUUCUUUUCAGUGAAUGCACUCCAGCAUUAAGCAUGGAGUUUCAGAAUUUAGACCCAGACUCAAUGAGUGGAACAGUGCAAGAAAUGCAAACAGAAGCUCAAAGUAAUAUCAUUAAUUCACACCUUAACAGAAAUCAGAAUAUCUUUUUUCUUUUCCAAUAUUUUUAUUAAUUCCCACAUAGAAGAAUACAGAGUACAAGAAAGUAUAUAUAAAAGGUCAAAAUAGAUUUUAAAAAAACUAUCUAUUACAUUAUACCUGUUCAUAAUAACAACCUCACUACCCCGUAUUCAUAUGUUAAUCAAUAGUUAUAUUGAAAUAUACUAAUUUAUUACAAAAAAAGAAUCUAACCCCUACCAAGACCGAAGCUGUUUAUCAAGGAGAAAAGAAGGUAAAGUACCUUCUCAUAUAAUAAAAAUUAAUAACAGCCAACAUCUGAGCCAACAACAAAUUGAAGGUUUUGAAAAUAAUUCAGAAAACGACCCCACAAUGUUUGAAAGUCUUGACGAGAUUCAGAAAUUGAACAACGAAUCUUCUCUAAAUCUGAACAUGACAUAACAUAACAUAAUUAUUGAGCAUGAGUAGGAGUAAAAACAUCUCUCCAUUUAAACAAAAGUGUCCUCCUAGCUAUAAGAGAGCUAAAGGCCAAAAUAUGUAAAUCGAAUGCCUUCAGCUUAAUAUCUUGUCCUGCAACAAUACCAAAUAGGGCCGUCAGAGAGUCAGGCUUAAAAUUGACUUUAAAAAGUAAGGAAAAUGUUUGAAAAACUUCCUUCUGAUAUUUUUCAAGAUUCGGACAAGUCCAAAACAUAUGAGUUAAUGAAGCUUCUCCGUUAUUACAUCUGUCAUAGUAGGGAGUAUAUCGGAAUAAAAAUGAGAUAGCUUAUCCUUAGUCAUAUGAGCUCUACGUACCACCUUAAAUUGUGUGAGGGGAUGAUGAGCACAUAGCGGUGAAAUAUUAACCUGUUUAAAAAUUUCAUUCCAACUCAGAUAUUGAUGUCUGUAAAUCUUGUUCCAAGGGAUUCUUAAUUUUGUCUAAAGGAACAUUCCUCGUCUCCAGUAACAUACCAUAAAUAUUAGAUAUUAAACCAUUAUGAAAAGGUGUCAAACUAAAAAUUACAUCUAUUAAGUUCUUAUCUGAGCUUAUAGGAAACGUGCAUAAUUGAGAUCUUAAAAAGUCUCUGAUUUGUAAAUAUCUAAAAAAGUGAGUGUUAGGUAAGCUAUAUUUAGCUGACAAUUGUUUGAAUGGAAAAAGGUUUCCUCCAAUAAACAGAUCCCAAAAACAUUUAAUACCCAACCUGUCCCAUUCUUUAAAAACUAAAUCAGUCAUGGAGGGUUUAAAAAAAUUAGAAUAAAUGGGACUUGAAAAGGAAAAUCUUAAUAAAGUAUUUUCUAAAUUGUAUCCAGAUCCUCGGAGUAUGUUUAACUAUUAAAUUAUCAGUUAGUUUACUUACAGAUAAAGGAAGUGAGGAUUCAAGAAGAGAAAUAAUAAAAAAGAGAACUCUAAAGCUUUCUGUUUUCCACUGGGUAUGAUGUUAGAGGUGCAUCUGACUGUCUUUCAGUCCAAUCACUUCAAAAUGUGAUUGGACUCCUGUUAUAGGCAUAGUUGGAUGAAUGAGCAGGGGGCUUGCAGAAUAAGAAAAAGUGCCUGACGAAGGAAAGAGGGACAAACAGCUCUCAACAGGAUGCCAGAAGUACCGAGAACUCGGGGAAGCUGUCUCAUAGGCAAAGUAGCAAUUCUGGACUAAACUCAAAUCAACAAAGGAUGCUCAACUGUUGUGGCAGGAUGUGAAUACCAUCACCUGAUGCUCCGUACUAACUUGGAAACAUUGGAAACCUGAAGUUGCAUUCUUGGGCCUUCUGGCAUUGAAAACAAAAAGUACCAUGCUGAUUGUGAAGUGAAUCACAUAAAUAGAUCAUUUAUGUUCCUGUUUGAAUACCUGUAUGUUUCUGAAAUGCAGCCUGCUCUAAGACUGGCUUCACAUAUUGGCCCCUGGCCUCAUCUGUGCGGAGCACUUGACAGCGUUCCAAGGUUAAGUUGUUCCCUCCAGACAUCAUACCAGACAUCCUGGGAUGCGAGCUUGAGCAGGCAAUAGAAAAGGGCAAUCCCAUUCCCCAAGGAAUACACCUGAAUUCAAGUGAAGCUGUUUUUCAAAAAGGAAUAUUUCAAAGCAUGGUUCUGCUGAUUUUGUGGGAAGAAGCUUGCUGCUCCAUUUAAGUGGUGACUCUCACUUACAAUGAUGAGCUAUGCCCAAUGGUGGAAUCUCAUAUGGAUAGGGUGAUGAAGAAAGCUUUUGGUAUGCUGGCCUUUAUAAAUCAGAGCAUUGAGUAUAGGAGUUGGGAUGUAAUGUUAAAAUUGUACAAGGCAUUGGUGAGGCCAAAUUUGGAGUAUUGUGUACAGUUCUGGUCACCGAAUUAUAGGAAAGAUGUCAACAAAAUAGAGAGAAUACAGAGGAAAUUUACUAGAAUGUUACCUGGGUUUCAGCACCGAAGUUACCGAGAAAGGUUGAACAAGUUAGGUCUUUAUUCUUUGGAGCGUAGAAGGAUGAGGGGGGACUUGAUAGAGGUAUUUAAAAUUAUGAGGGAGAUAUAUAGAGUUGAUGUGGAUAGGCUUUUUCCAUUGAGAGUAGGGGAGAUUCAAACAAGAGGACAUGAGUUGAGAGUUGGGGGCAAAAGUUUAGGGGUAACACAAGGGGAAAUUUUUUUACUCAGAGAGUGGUAGCUGCGUGGAACGAGCUUCCAGUAGAAGUGGUAGAGGCUGGUUCGGUAUUGUCAUUUAAAGUAAAAUUGGAUAGGUAUAUGGACAGGAAAGGAAUGGAGGGUUAUGGGCUGAGUGCAGGUCCGUGGGAUUAGGCGAGAGUAAACGUUCAGCAUGGACUAGAAGGGCCGAUGUGGUCUGUUUCUGUGCUGUAAUUAUUAUAUGGUUAUAUGGCUAUAUUUCAACCCCAUAAUGACAUAAGAUUUUCAAAAGUGAAUCCUUCAAGGAAAGAACUUUACUCUUCUAAAAUCAUCUCAUCAAGAACACUUAUCAUGCCAUCCCACGCCAACACUUUAGAAGGUCCAAUUACCUGGCUGUACUUCUACUCUCAGCAUAUAGGCAGAGACUAAAGACCACAGCAUCAAUGGUAUCGACCAAGAUGGUAUGGUCAAGGAACUCAUCUUUGAGUCUGAAUGAAUAUGCCUCAGUUGUCACUGACUUCAUCAAGACCUGUGUGGAUGAGUCUGUGCCUUUGAGAACAUAUCCAACCCAAAAGCCAUGGAUGAACCAGGAGAUUCACAGUCUGCUGAUGGCUAGAUAUGUGAGAUUCAAUACUCAUGAUCCAGAACUAUUCAAGAGAUACAGGUAUGGCCUGUGGAAGGCUAUUUUAAGGGUAAAAAACAAUUCUGAUUGAGGUUAGAGAUGGAAUCAGAUGGACGUCAGCUCUGAUGGGGUUUUCAGGCCAUUACUUCCCAUGAAGCAAAACAUAACAUCAUGAAUGGCUGUGAUUCUUCACUCCCAGAUAAGCUCAAUGCCUUUUAAGCAUGGUUUGAAAGAGAGAAUAAAGCUAUACUUGUGCGAAUCCCUGCACAACUGGUGACCCUGUGAUCUCUGUCUUGGAGGCCAACAUCAGAACAUCUUUCAACAGGGCGAACCCUUGCAAGGUGUACCUGGUAGGGCUUUGAAAACCAGUGCCAACCAACUGGCAGUAGUUUUCAAGGACAUCUUCAAUUUCUCACUGUUGCAGUUGAAGGUUCCCACCUGCUUCAAGAAGGCGACAAUCGUACCAGUGCCCAAGAAGAGUAGGGUGAGCUGCCUCAACGACUUUCACCAAUUGCACUCACAUCUACUGUGAAGUGCUUUGAGGUCGUGGUCAUGGUUAGAAUCAACUCCUGCCUAAGCAAGGGCAUGGAUGGUGACAAGGAGGCAUACAGGAGCAAGGUAGAUCAGCUGGUUGAGUGGUGUCACAGCAACAACCUUGCACACAAUGUCAGUAAGACCAAGGAAAUGAUUGUAGACUUCAGGAAGGGGAAGUCAAGGAAUCAGAAGUGAAGCAGGUGAGCAGUAUCAAGUUCCUGGGAGUCAAUCCUGGGCCCACAUACUGAUACAGUUACAAAGAAGGCACAACUUCAGCCGUAUUUCUUUAGGAGUUUCAAGAGGACUGGUAUGUCACAAAAGACAUUCACAAAUUUCUACAGAUGUAGCAUUGAGAUUAUUAUAACCUGUUAUAUCACCACCUGGAAUGGAGGGGUCACUGCAGAGGAUCAGAAAACUUCAGAAAGGUGUCAUUUCAGCCAGCUCCAUCAUAGGCACUAGCGCCCCAGCAUCCAGGACACCUCAAAAAGGCGAUGCUUCAAAAAGGCAGUAUCCAUCUAUAAGACUGCCAUCAUCCAGGACAAGCCCUCUUAUCAUUGCUACCAUCAAGGUCGGGAUUCAGGAGCGUGAAGACACACACUCAACAAUUCAGGAACAGCUUCUUCCCCUCCACCAUCAGAUUCCUGAAAGGACAAUGACCCCAUGAACACUACCUCAGUAUUUUCCCCUCUCUUUUUGCACUACUUAAUUAAUUGAAUUGUCUUUUUUAUUUAUACUUAUUGUAAUUUAUAGUUUUUACGAUUAUGCAUUGCAAUGUAUUGUUGCUGUAAAGCAAGAACAAAUUUCCUGACCUAUGCGAGUGAUGUUAAACAUGAUUCUGAUUCUGAUUUUGACAUCUGCUGGGUUAAUUGGUUAGUUUUAUAGAAGGAGUUGAUAACCAGUUGUAUUUUGCACAGAACUGAAGUAUUUGCACCAGGCUCUUGCUGAAAGAGAGCUAUUUAGGGCUAUUAAGCCACUCAUGGGAGAAUUUAGCAACAUAGAUAUGGAUGGAGUACAAAUUUAUUACCGAUGUUUUACCUUGUUUCUUUGUGUCAAAUUUUACUAUAUAAGACAAUGUCCAGUUGUCAGUGCUGCCUCAAUGAAAAGAGGUCCUUGCCAGAAUUAAAUCUCACCUUCGCCGCCUGUUUUCCCAUCUGUAGUCUCUCUGUGUCUGCCCUUUCCUCAGAUAAUUCAUUUUUAAAACCUUAAUCUACCUUUCUUUCAUCCAAACUCAGUUACUCCAACUGUCUCCUAAAUUCCACAUCUUUUAACUUACAAUUCAUCCACAUUCUGCUGCCCCUGACCUAACUCCUCCAGUGACCCAAUCAGCAGCAGGAGCAGAGAACAGCGAGGUUCUUGCAAGUCCGCGACGCACGUUUAAAAGGAGAGCUUCAUGGGCGUUUGGAGUCAUUUGGUGGCCCAAUCAGCAGCAGGAGCAGAACAGGGCGAGGUUACUUGCAGGUUGACAUUAGUUUAAAAGGAAAGCUUUGUGACUGAUCGGGGUCAUUCCAGUGGCAGGAGCAGAGCACAGCGAGGAGUUCUUGCAGGCCAGCGAUGCUUGUUUAAGAGUACAGAAAGGAGAAGAGGGCUCUGAUAUCCACUCUCAUCUCUCUUUUAUUCUUACCUACUAGAAAAACCUUUUACUAUCCACUUUGAUAUAGAUUGCUACUUUGCUUUCAUAUUUCAUUUCUUCCCUCCUAAUGGUUCUUUUAGUUGCUCUCUGUAGGAUUUUAAAAGCUUCCCAAUUCUCCAUAUUCCUGCUAAUUUUUGCUCUGUUGUAUGCCCCCCUUUUGCUUUUACUAUUAGUUUUGACUUCCGUUGUCAGCCCCAGUUUUACUGCUUUGCCAUUUGAGUACCCACACCUUUCUCCUUUUUUCCCAGAAACUCACGCCAUUGCUGCUCCACUGUCAUCCCUGCCAGCAUCUCCUUCCAAUUUACUUUGGCCAACUCCUUUCUCGUACUACUGUAAUUUCCUUUACUUCACUGAAAUACUACUAUGUCAGAUUUUACUUGCUUCCCAUCAAAUUUCAGGUUGAACUCACUCAUAUUGUGAUCAUUGUAUCCUAACAGUUCUUUUACCUUAAGCUCCCUAAUUGCCUCCAGUUCAUUACAUAACACCCAAUCCUCUAUAGGUGAUCCCUUAGAAGAUGGAAGAUAAUCUAAAUGAGUAUUCUGCAUUAUUCUUCACUGUGUAAGACACCAGCAGUGUGCCAGAUGUCGAAGGCUGUGAGGGAAGAGAAGUGAGUACAGUUACUAUUACAAGGGAGAAGAUGCUCAAAAAGCUGACAGACCUAAAGUUACUUAAGUCAUCCGGGCCAGAUGAAUUUCAUCCUCAGUUUCUGAAAGAGGUAACGAUAGAGAUUGUGGAAGCAUUAGUAAUGAUCUUUCAAAGAUCAUUGGACGAGGUGCGAGGAGACUGGAAAAUUGCAAAUGUUACUCCAUUCCUUAAGAGGGAAGGCAGCAGAAAGGAAAUUAUAGACCAGUUAGCCUGACCUCAGUGAUAACGAAGAUGUUGGAGUCAGUUGUUAAGGAUGAGGUGACACAAGACAAGAAAGGACAAAAUCAGCAUGGUUUACUUAAGAGGAAAUCUUACCUGAUGAACCUCUUGGAAUUCUUUGAGGAGAUUACAAGUAAGAUAGAUAAAGGAAUGCAGCAGAUAUUGUAAAAUUGGACUUUGAGAAGGCCUUUGACAACAUCAGGCUGCUUACCAAGUUAAGAGCCGAUGGCAUUACAGGACAGUUACUGGCAUGGUUAGAACAUUGGCUGAUUGGUAGGAGGCAAUGAGUGGGAAUAAAAGGAUCCUUUUCUGGUUGGCUGCCAGUGACUAGUGGUGUUCUGUAUGGUCAGAAUUCUGUAUGGUCACUUCUUUUUACGCUGUAUAUCAAUGAUUUUGAUGAUGGAAUAGUUGGCUUUAUUCCCAAGUUAGCAGAUAAUACAAAGAUUGGUGGAGGGACAAGUAAAGUUAAGAAAACAGGUAGGCUGCAGAAGGACUUAGACAAAUUUGGAAAAUGGGUAAGAGAGUGGCAAAUGAAAUACAAUGUUGAAAAAUGCACAGUUGUGCAUUUUGGUUGUAGAAAUAAAUGUGCAGACUAUUUUCUAAAUGGGGAGAAAAUCCAAAAAUCUGAGAUGCAAAGAGAUUUGGGAGUCCUUGUGAAGAACACCCAAGAGGUUAACUUGAAGGUAGAGUCAGUGGUGAGGAAGGAAAAUGUAAUGUUGGCAUUCAUUUCAAGUGGUCCAGAAUACACGAGCAAGGAUGUGAUGUAAAGGCUAUACAAGGCACUGGUGAAGCCUCACCUUGAGUAUUGUGAACAGUUUUGAGCUCCACCUCUAAGAAAAGAUGUGUUGCCAUUGGAGAACCAUAUAACCAUAUAACAAUCACAGCACAGAAACAGGCCAUCUCGGCCCUCCUAGUCCGUGCCGAACUCUUAAUCUCACCUAGUCCCACCUACCCGCACUCAGCCCAUAACCCUCCACUCCUUUCCUGUCCAUAUACCUAUCCAAUUUUACCUUAAAUAACACAACUGAACUGGCUUCUACUACUUCUACAGGAAGCUCAUUCCACACAGCUAUCACUCUCUGAGUAAAGAAAUACCCCCUCGUGUUUCCCUUAAACUUCUGCCCCCUAACUCUCAAAUCAUGUCCUGUCAUGUCCUCUCGUUUGAAGGUUCAGAAGAGGUUCACAAGGAUGAUUCAGGAAUGAAAGGGUUAUCAUAUGAGGAACGUUUGAUAGCUCUGGGUCUGUACUUGCUGAAAUUUUGUCAUGGUCCGGUCCGUGAAGUCUGCAUUCUGGUUCACAGCCUGGUCCGUGGACUCCAGACUCCGGGUCUUCUAGCUGUCCUUUAUUUCAUUCGGGCUUAAUCAUAGGCACCUGAUUCUUGUCUUGGGGCCGGGAAUAUAAGUGGCCCUGGGUUCAAAUAUAGGUGCUGGUUUGUCUUGUCAGUAUUCUGUCCUGGUCUCUGUGGGGUUUGUCUCGUCAGUAUCCUGUCCUUGCCUCUGUGGGGUAGGUCAGCUGUCUUUCCCAUUACCCUGUGGUUGGAUCUGUCCCUUCCUGUCCUUGUCUCUGUUGGGUAAGCCAGGCUGUCUUUGCUGUUACCUUGAGGCUGGACUAUUCCCUUUGCUUCCCCUUCUUUCUGUAGCCCUUGUCUGGAGUCUCACCUACUACCUGGGGCUGUGUUGUGGAUUCGGUCAUUUUUGUGACCAGCUGAGUUGACUGCUGUUUGUGCCACUCUGAGCCAAAGGUACUAAUUCUGCCACUUCCAUGGCCACUGGAGUUUUGCUGGUCUCUGAGCUGAGACUCGAAUGGAUUGUGGUUGUUUUGGUCGUCUUGUAUCCAGCGCAGUAGGCAGGCUGUUUGCCACUACUCGAAUGAACUGCCAUUGUUUGUCAUUCUAUGUCCAAGUCCAGUCCACGUCCAAGGCUCCGAGAAUGUUCCGGUCUGUGUCCAAGUCCUAGUCGUAGCCCAGGCCUGGAGUCCUGGUCUCGUCCAGGUCCAGUGUCUGUGUCCAGCUACGCCUCUCCCUCAACCAAGACCUAGUCUGAGCUUCACGUCCUUGUCCAGCCCUGAAGUCCUGUGUCCUGCCCCCACGUCCUGUCCUGUUACCUUGCCACGUCCAGUCCUAACCUGGAUCCGGAGCCUGAGUCAAGACCCAGGUUCUGGGUCCCUGUCCAGUCUCUGGCUCAGAGUGCUUGUCCAGGUUCCUAGUUCCUUGUUCCCAGUUCCUAGUUCCUCAUCCAGGUCCCACUUUCCUACUCCAGUCCUAGCCCAGGCCCUGUCUCCUAGUCUUGUCCAGGGCCUGUGUCUGGUCCAGCGUUGUUUCUGCCCCACUUCCCUUGCUUGAUACACCUAGUUCUCUCCCUCGUACUUCAGUGUCUGUGUCCUGCAUUUGGGUCCGUUCCCAAUGCCCACCUUAUGACAAAUUCAGAAAGGAGAGGGGGAUCUCAUUGAAACCUUUCAAAUAUUGAAAGGCCUAGACAGAGUAGACGUGGAAAGGAUAUUUUCAAUGGUGAGGGAGUCUCAGGAUAGAGGAGAGUCUAUUUAAAACAGACUUGGACAAAUUUCUUUAGCCAAAGAGUGGUUAAUUUAUGAAAUUUGUUACCACAGGCAGCUGUAGAGGCCAGGUCAUUGGGUGUAUUUAAGGCUGAGAUAGAAGGGUUUGUAAUUGGUCAAGGCCUCAAAGGUUAUGGGGAAAAGGCCAGAGAGGUGGACUGAGGAGGGGGGAGAAAAAAGAAUCAGCCAUGAUUGAAUGGUGGAGCUGACUCAAUGUGCCAAAUGGCCUAAUUCUCCUCCUGUGUCUUAUGGUCUGACCGUCAAUAUCCCAUUCAUCCAGCAUCUGUUUUGGCUGUUUUGGUCAUAAUCUAAGAAUAAUUUAAACUUCAAACUUCUUUUUUGUCCUUACAAGAUAUUUCUGUUGUUGCAAUUCCUGAAUUCCCCUUUUUCCAACAGAGUGACUGCUAUCUCUUUAUUACUCAUAGCUUUGGAUUUCCCUUAACUGCUUCAGUUUCGCUAUCCAUCUUCCCUUCCCUAAUUUAUUCCAGAAGGUCUAGCUUUUUGGCCUACAUUGUGCAGUCAAGAUCAAAUGCUCUUCUCCAGUACUGUGUGAAGUGGCUUUUUGGUUCUUUAUGAUAGUCAAAGCACAAUUGAAAUGUGAAGCUUCAUUCAUAUUAAGGAAUGUGCUGGUAUAUAAAGCCUAAUCAAGUUAUUAAUUUCUUUUCAGGAGUCACUCAAUGCACAGGCAUUUUAAUUUUAUGGAUAUUUGCACGUGUAUGACAAUGUGCCACAUAGGGUGCAAUCUAAAAAUGAAGACACCCUGACACUGGAGGCAAGAAAGAUUUACUGAUCGAGAAUUAGCCCGGAGCAAGAGGACAAAGACAGAUCUAAAUCUGACCACUUGUUCUCAUAUUGAGUGGAUAUAGGCAAUAGGGUUCUGUGCCAUGACUGGGCUCCACUGUCACUUCUAUAAUUUAGAUAUAGGGAUAGGUAGAUUGACAGCACCAAAUUACACUUUUGGAUAACUGAUGAAAAACACCUUCGGUGAGGCAGAUAGGUAAAGGGCUAUUGUAGCUCAAUGCAGCUAAAUCUGAAAUCGCACAUUUUGGAAAAACUAAAAUAUCACAAACUGUUUGGGGCAAAAAAAUAACCUCAGGGAAAAGUACAUAGUAGGUGGUCCCGUAUUACUUGCCUGUAGUACAGAGUGACUGAUGUUUGAAUUUAUUGAAUUAUGUAUCUUGUACUAUAUAGCAAGCAGCUAAUUCAAUAACAUCUCAUUUGUACCAAUAUUUGAAUCUGUUUUUCAUCCCAAAGACGGUAAUAAAUUUGACAAGCAAGGAGAGUGAAAGGAGAAGAUAUGUUACCCUUAAAAGCUUGAAACAUACUUGCACAAGGUCAGAGAGAAAGGUAAAUGGAAGAAUCCUGGUACCUAUAUUGUAAUGCAUUGAAUAUAAAACCAAGGAAGUAAUCUUGAAUGCAUACAAGGCAUUUGUUAGAAUUUGAUGGAGUAUUGAACAGUCUUGCUACUUCAUUAUAGGAAGAGUGACAGCAACAGACUGAUAGUAAAAGUGAGAAGUGAAUGCUAUGAAUUCAAAAACACUGGUGCAGACAAGGUUACACAUCAAUAAGGCUUUAAGAAAAUUGUAUGAAGUCAUGUAGUGAGAGAUUGUAUUCAUUACAGUUAGCUUUAGAUAAUGUGGGAAAAUACUUCUAGUAGGCUCAAAUCAUUGCAGAACUUGUACAUUUUCUCUCCAAGUCCUGUGCACAAUUUUGGACCAGAAUUCGCCAAAUAUACUUGUCGUCUUGAUGUUCAGCUUUAACACACCAGUGCACUGCAUCAUUUAAAACCACCUUUCAGUCUCAACACCACAGCUGCUUAUCCUAUUAGCAAGGUUUCAACU